GUCUGAAGCCUGCUGUCGGCAGAGCAGGAUCAUCAUGGACAAACCCGAAAACCCGCCGCUCUAGGAGCGAGCCGGCCGCUGCCGAGCCGGAGGACCGGCGGAGACAACUUCACACACCGCCCGCUGUUAGAGACGGACACGGCGGAGGGCUUCCCCCGGUCCCUCCCUGCUGCAAGAAAUGUGGCUAAACCCGGAGGAAGUUCUGCUGAAAAACGCACUGAAGCUGUGGGUGACCGAGAGGAGCAACGACUUCUUCCUUCUGCAGAGGAGGAGAGGACAUGGAGAACCGACGGGAAAGAUCACAGGUCUGCUGGUGGGGGCGCUCGAUACGGUGCUGGACUCCAAUGCCCGGGUCACGCCUUUUCGCAUCCUCCUCCAGGUUCCUGGCUCCCAAGUCAGCUGGGUGAUCGCCAGCGGUGCUGCUAGAGAGGAAGUGAACAAGCACUGGGAUUGGCUGGCCCACAACCUGCUUCACUCUCUGUCUGUGUUUGAGAACAAGGAGGAUGUUGCCGGUUUCGUCAAAGGCAAAGUCAAGGGCCUGAUCGCAGAGGAGUUUCGGGGUCGCCAAGCCGCCCAGGAGGAGGACCCAGAGAAGUUCAGGGAGGCACUGCUGAAGUUUGAGCGGCACUUCAGCCUCCCUUCGUCAGAGAAGCUGGUGACGUACUUCUCCUGCUGCUGCUGGAAGGGCCGGGUGCCUCGACAGGGCUUCCUCUACCUCAGCAUCAACCACAUGGCCUUCUACUCCUUCCUGCUGGGGAAAGAAGUGAAAUUUGUUAUCCCUUGGGCGGAGGUGAUGCGGUUGGAGCGGGUCUCCACUGGCCUCAUGCCCGAGGCGAUCCGGGUCAGCACGCGGCAGCGGCAGAGGGAAUUCUCCAUGUUCCUGAACCUGGACGAGACCUUUGGGGUCAUUGGUCAGCUGGCUGACAUUGCCCUCAGACGGCUGCUGGACAGUGAAGGCCUGGAGCUGGACCGAGUCCUGCAGCAGCCCACACGCAUCAGCAAGAGGAUUCUAGAGGAGCAAGCAUUAAGGGAGUACGUCCUGGCUCUGUUUAGGCUUCCUCGUGGUGAAAGACUUCACGAGGUGGCUUCCUGUUCGGUGUGGACGCCCCACGCCCGCUGCCACACAGCCGGUACUCUGUACACCACAGACAGCUAUCUGUGCUUCUGCAGCAGAGAGGAAGGCCGCUGUACCCUGCUCAUACCCCUGUCAGAGGUGUUAUCCAUAGAAAAAGCAGAGAGCACCAGCGUGCUCCCUAACCCCGUCAUAGUGAGCAUUCGGACUAAAAAGGCCUUCCAGCUGAUCGAGCUGCAGGAGAGAGACGAGCUGGUCGAGAACCUCAACUCCAGACUCAGAGCACUACAGUGGAAACAGUCCAUGUUCCGCAGCAGCAAACAUGGCAAGAGGAGUGUGACCUCCCCGACACCCUACUACACCUUCUACUACGACACCGGGUUCUCCGAUGAAGAGGAGAUCGAAGAGCAGGUUCUUCGUAACACCGUCAACAGCGAGGCUCUGAUGACGGCCUUCCACCAAAACCAACCGGGAACCAACAAUGAGAAGAGCAUGGAGCAGAUGAGGGAGAGGCUGUGGGAGGAUCAUUUCGUCGAGUUCGGCCGCGGCAUCCACAUGUUCCGCACAGGGAAAAUCCAGAGGCUGGUUUCCAUGGGGAUACCAGAGUCACUGCGGGGUGAGCUGUGGAUGACACUUUCAGAUGCAUCCUCAGAGCUGGAGUCUCAUCAGGGCUACUAUACCAACCUGGUGCAGAAGUCCAUGGGUCAGAGCACCCUGGCCACCGAGGAGAUAGAGCGGGACCUGCACCGCUCGCUGCCGGACCACCCCGCCUUCCAGAACCCCACGGGCAUCGCCGCACUCAGGCGCGUCCUCACCGCCUACGCCCAUCGCAACCCCAAGAUCGGUUACUGUCAGUCUAUGAACAUCCUGGCGUCGGUGCUGCUGCUCUAUGCUAAAGAGGAAGAAGCUUUCUGGCUUCUGGUGGCAGUCUGUGAGAGGAUGCUGCCCGACUACUUCAACCGCAGGGUCAUAGGAGCUCAGGUGGAUCAGUCCGUGUUCGAGAAGCUGAUCGGCGAGCGUCUGCCGGAGCUCGCCGAACACUUCCCGGACCUCUCCACCCUCUCCUCUGUCUCCCUCUCCUGGUUCCUCACCCUCUUCCUCAGCGUCCUGCCCUUCCGCAGCGCCGUCUGCGUGGUCGACACCUUCUUCCUCCACGGGAUCAAAGCCAUCUUCCAGCUGGGUUUGGCCGUGCUGGAGGUCAACGCCGCACAGCUGUCCACCAGCACGGACGAAGGACAGGCGCUCAUGGUUCUCACAGGUUUUCUCGAGCAGGUUGGAUGGGAAGAGUCCUCUAGUCCCGUAUCCCCUCCACCCGCCGCAGAGACCGGCAGCAGCAACCCUGAUGUUCCCGCCGUGAGACACACAAACAUAACAGACCUCAUCAACGAGUCCUACGAGAAAUUCGGAGACCUGACAGUGAGACAGAUCGAGAGGCUUCGCUGUCGACACAGGAUCCAAGUCCUGCAGGCUCACGAAGACACCACCAAAGAAAACGCUCUGAGAGUGGUGACACCAGAUGUUUCCAUCUCUCCAGAGAAUUUGGCGGACGUGUACGACCUCUUUAAGACAGAGUACUUCAUCAGUCUGUACUGGGGCGACACCAGCUCUGCGGCGGCAGCAGAGGCGGCAGCGUGGAGGCACGGCGACUCCUACAUGGAGCGUCAGUACCGGCUGGACCGUCCUCAGUUCAAGAGCCUGUAUGGGCUGCUGGUGCCGUGGCCCGGCGGCUCCAACCAACACACCGACACGCUGGCCAACCGCACCUUCACCCUGCUGGACCAGGACCGCGACAACCUGGUCACCUUCAGGGAGUUCGCCGGCUGGCUGAACACUUUCUACUGUGAGGAGCUGAAUGAGAAGAUAAGGCUGCUCUACCGCCUGCACAUCCCACCAGCUCUGACUGAAAGCGAGGACGACCCCUCUCUGAUGAAGAGCCCCCUGGUGUCCACUAACAGACCCCUAUAUGUCAACCUGCCCACCGGUGUUACAGAGGAGGUGAAAGAUUACCAGGAGCAGCUGAAGCAGAUGUUGAAGGAUCUGGUGAAAGAGAAAGAGAAAGAUGUGGAGAAGCCUCUGCCGCUCAUGAACCAGCGGGAGUUCAUCCAGUUCUGUAAAACACUGUACAGCAUGUUCCACGGCGACCUGGAGGAGAAUGACCUCUUCCAGGCCAUCGCUACGGUAACCAGCCUCGUCCUGCAGAUCGGCGAGGCCGGCCACCGGGGCCGCUCGGCGUCAGAGGUCAGCGGCUCAGAUGCGGUGAAAGGAGCGGAGGCGGCGCAGUUGAACGCAGAGGCCCGCCACCGCUCCGUCUCCGACACCGGGGUCUGCGACGGGAACGCGACGGCGGAGGACGAGUGGACCAUCAGCUACGCUCAGAUCCUGGCGUCGCUGCUUACCGAGCAGGCGCUGGUGAACUUCUUCGAGAAGCCGGUGGACCUGUCGGCCAAAAUAGCAGCAGCCAAGGAGAAGCAGUACCACCAGCGGUCCGGUUUGCUCACGCUGCAGCAAGGGACCAGAUGACUGAAACAUACUGACUUUACACUGAUGAUGAAAAAAACCACAGUAUCAGUAUCACAUGACAGAAUGUGACGGCGGCUUCAGCAGCUAAACUACAGAAGCUAGUCAGGAAGCCAAAGAGCCUUUUUUAAAGUCAUCUGUAACAUUUAUCAGUGGCAUGAUUGUUGGAACACACUGGCACAACUUCUUUCUUUCUAGUCACUCACAGCCUGUGACGACAUGAGCUACUGUGGCCUGUAACUGACAACAGACAGCACUGUCUUAAAACUAGAGGACGAGUUAUUCCUUUAAACAUUUUGAGCCAGAAAGACGCCUCUAAUCUCAACAGAAGGCCAUUUAGGAAAUAUAUAUAUAUAGGAUAUAAUUAUCGUCACCACGAGGAUGCCUGGCAGUUAUUGUGUUGCCGAAUAAUUCUUACUAACAGUUCAGCAUUAAGGACAAAUCUAUCGUUCAUUCAGUUUUUUUUUUGGUUUUGUUUUUUUUUACAGAUUUUAUAACUUUUGUUUCUUUUGUAUUAAGUGUUUUCACUUGCACGCACCUUGAUAUUUUAAACUUUUUCAAAUGUAGUGAGAAACAAUCUACAGUGAUCAAAAAGUUUCAGAAUGCAGAACAUGUUUUAAAAAAAAACAAAAUAACGCUGGAAUUGUCCUUUUAAAAUAAAAGACACUGCACAUAG